AUGCCACAGACACAACUUGCUGUAAUUUCUUCUUUGUAUUUUGCAGAAUUUCCUGUUUCCAUAAAAUGCUUCCAAUGCGGGAAGAGGAUCAAUGAAGUUGAAUUGGGCGAAGAAGACGUUUGUGAAGGAGACAAACCCUUCGUUUGUAACGUGUGCUGCAAAGGUUACAAACACUUAAGCAGCCUUUACACCCAUAACAAAUACGAAUGUGGCAAGUCGCCCAUGUUCAGAUGUCAGCAUUGUCCAUAUGCUUGCAAACAAAAGGGCAGCUUCAAGCGUCACAUGUACUGCAAGCAUUCGGAAAAGUACAACCCGACUGACACAAAAGCCGUGGACAAAGGAGAAAAAGUUCAUCUGUCACAAAUGCAUGAAAAGGUACAAGCUCGAAUCCAGCUUGCAGAACCACUUGAGGUACGAGUGCGGCAAGUCGCCUAUGUUCAGAUGUCAGCAUUGUCCCUAUGCAUGCAAGCAGAAGGGAAGCUUCAAGCGUCAUAUGUAUUUCAAGCACUCUGA